GAAGUGAAGAUUAGAAUUUCAGAGAUAAUUGCAGAGAUAAGAAUGAACACUAUCAAGUGAUAUGAACUUACAUAACCAGAUGAUUGUGUAGAAAACUCAAGUGUUGAAGAGUAUUUACAGCACACAAAAAUGCAAGAUUCUAUUCUCCUUUUAUUGAUAUUGAAGAUUAUCAGGUUACAGUUUUUCCCACCCGUUAUUACAAUAGAGGCUCAAACAACUGACAUGUUUUAUGAAGAUGAGUUUGGGUUCAUUAAGGCAAAUCCAUCAUUUAAAUUAGAUGGCCCUUUGCCAACUGGAGCAAUAAAGCUACUGAGAGAAGCUUUAGGAACCACUGAAUCAUAUUCUAAAACAGAAUCUGCCGCAAAGGGUGAAGAAGAUUCAACAAAAACAGAUUCUCCAAAAGUUAGGAAAAGAAAUGCAAACAACAAUGAAUUAAAUGAUAGACCUACAUCCAGUGAAGAAUCUUCAAAAUUUUAUGAAGAUGAAUUUGGUUUUAUAAAAGCAAAUAGUUCUUUUUGGAUUCACAGCAGUGAGUCAAAAAAGAAUAAGAGAAGUGUUGCAGAAGAUUUAUCCAAAUUUAUAAAAAACUAUGAGAAUGGUGAAGAACUAGUUCAAGAAAUGAAUGAUAAGAUCAAUGCAAAUGAGGAUGUGGAUUAUGACAAGUUGAGGGUCAAUCUUGAAACGCCUGUUAGUUCCAUAACGAGGAUCCCACUGAUCUACAAUGAAGUCAAUGGUCAGUAUCAAGGAGAGAUAGCAGUGGGGACCCCUCCUCAAUUCUUCAAUGUGAUAUUUGACACAGCAUCAUCAGACUUGUGGAUCCGAUCCUAUAAAUGCAAGUACAAGAAUGCAGACAUUGGAAAUCCUGACACUGCUAAAUCAUUCAAAAGCUGGCUCUCUUCCACAUAUGAGAAAAUGAAUGGUAGUGUUGACAAUCAGUAUGCAUCAGGAAGAGUUCAAGGAAUUACAGCAAUGGAAGUAGUAAAAAUUGGAGGACUUACCAUAAAAAAUCAAAUAAUCGUAGAAGCUCUUCUAUUGCAAGAUUUGCCAUACACAAUUUUUGAUGGAAUAUUUGGGUUAAGUCCCAAAGAUGAUCGCCAUUAUUUAAUGUCACCUUUCUAUAAUAUGAUACUUCAGGACUUAGUGCCUUCUCCUGUGUUUUCUCUCUAUUUCUCCGAUGCAAAAAAUGAAUUAAUAUUUGGAGGAGUGGAUCCAAACUACUAUAAAGGAGAGUUUAUAUUUGUGAAUACACUCAACAAGAUGACUGAUCGCUGGCAAUUUCUCUUCAAAGGGAUAUAUGUGGAAGAUAAGGAGUUGAGCAAAAGGGGUUGUCUGGGUAUUGUGGACUCAGGCUCUGACUUUUUGAUGGGGUCUAAGGAAUUAAUAGAAGCGAUUAUGGAAUCAAUAGACCCUCAACGGGUUACCAACAAAGUGCAUGAAGGCUAUAUCGUCUCUUGCAGUGAUAUUGACAAACUAAAAGAAGUAAGAUUUAAAACCAUGGAGAACAAGAUAUUAUCCAUGAUGCCUAAGGAAUAUGUUAAACGGGCUGUAAUUAACAACAGCGAGUUUUGCUACACAUCUUUCUUGGUUCUCCAUGGGUUAAAUACUACAGACUCUACUCCCAUUCUGUGUUUCGGCAGCGUAUUUAUGAGGAAAUAUUACACACAGUUUGACCUCAAGGAGAGCAGAAUUGGUUUUGCACUAGCAAGCUAAGACAUGUUUACUGAUGUACACACAAGCUGACAUGCUUACUGUUGCACAUAUCAAAAAUAACAUUGAAGAGCCUGAAUAAUUUGAUGAAAUUAUUGAUUACUCUUCAAUCGUUCUGGCUGAAUUGCAGUUCUCUGUGAAAACCAUUUAUAAAUUCAUUUCACCCAGCUGUAACAAUAAAUUCUAAAAUAUUAUAUUCAUAAAUAUUCCAUCACUUUUCCUCAUAGAAAUGAAACAAAUCAGUCAUUUAUUACCUAGUCUAUCAACAUGAAGUAAGUAACGUUUAUUGAAUAAAAACAGAUCAAUGCUGUUAUCAUCUUUGUAAAUCACUUUGUUCUCAGCUUAAUUACGUUGAUCAGUAAUAUGAUCACAAGGAUCUAAAGUAUACAAAUAGUGGGGUACAAAAAUAUGUAGUCUAUAUUUAAACUCCUCAAAUUAUUUUGCAGAUAAGAAUUUUUUUUAAUGAGAUGUAUUAAGUAAAAGUGGAAAAUGUUAAAAUAAAACACAUGGAUCACCCAUUGUUCA